AACAGAACACUAUGAUGCAAUCAGCAGUAACACGCGGCACUAUCUCUCUCUCUUUAAAUCCAUUUCUAACUUCCUCUCCUUUCUCACUUCUCUUCUAAACCUUUCUGCAUUUCUAUCUUCUUCUUCUUGGAAAAAAAAUGGGAACAGCAACUUUCAUCGACAUUAUCGUCGCAAUUCUUCUUCCUCCACUCGGUGUUUUCCUCAAGUUUGGUUGUGGGGCUGAGUUUUGGAUUUGCUUGUUAUUGACGCUCUUUGGUUACAUUCCUGGAAUCAUUUAUGCUAUAUAUAUUCUCACCCAGUAGACAUUCACCUCUCUCUCCCAGGUGUAAGAUAAUGGUUAAAUUGGUGUUGAUGUUUCAAAACAUGUUUAAUUCAGUUUUUAUUUUUUCGUUUGUCCUUUUUGUUAUUCCUGUUGUUAUGACGUCUAAAUCAGAAUGAUCACAUUUUCAUUGUUGUAAUGUCUGUUUCAGUGACUGGACGGGUUCUCAUAUUGUCUAAAUUAUUAAUUUGUGAAUUAUGUAUACUUUUUGGUUUA